AUGAAGAUGAGGAGCCAAAUCUACUCAAGGUGUCUGGAUGAGACGGAGCUGAAUGGCGGUGGCUCGAGCCUUCUCACGUUUCAUUUCUGCUUGGACACCAACGCCAGUCAACCUGCACAGGGUGCCAAGCGGCGCUGCCCGAGGGGAGGUCCAGGUGUGGUCAAUGAGACACAACCACCCAGCCUGAGCACCAUCACCUUAGCAGAGGAGGCUGUCCAGGUUGUUUUGCCACCUCCCCAUUUUUGGGUUCGCUCCAGUUCAGGCCAGCAGGUGGCCACGGGGGCCUGGCUGGGUUACGGUGGGGCUCUCCUGGGCGGACCACUGAAGACCCCGGCCUUCUCGAGUAGCAGCCUUUGGAUGCCUCACACCUAUGUGGCCUUGGAAGAAACUCCAAAUGAUGGCACAAUGGACACGAGACACAGGGGGCCGGCUGCCCCUUUUACUCCUCCCAUGGCUCGUCCUCAGUUCUUGGCCCACAUUGGCAUUCAAAGCCAGGACUCCCCAAAGUGGAUGGUCCACAGAGACCCUCAGUUCAGGGUCAUGCCUGUCACGAGAGCCACCAUUAAUUUCCCAGCAGGCUGGUGUGCCUCAACAGGUCCCCUUGGGAUGGCGAAGAAAGGAAAGAAAGAAGCAGAGUCGUAUGGGAAGGAUUCAUUUGAUCCCCUCUUGAUAGAAAGCAAGAAUGCGGCCACCGUGGUGCUCAUGCUGCAGUCACCUGAGCUGGACGUCAUCCUCAAAGCCUGUGAGGCCAUCUACAGAUACGCAGAGAAAGGAGAUGAAAACAAAGCCAUCCUCGCCGAGCUGGGUGCUUUGGAGCCGAUCUCAAGGCUGAUAAAACACGAAGACAAACCUGUGCGCAGGAGUGCCGUCAUGGUGCUGGGCGUCAUCUCUGCACAAAAUGACGUCAAAAAGUACCUGAAGAAGAUGAACGUCAUCCCUUCGGUCAUCGAACUGUUGGAACCAGAAGAAGACGUGGUGAUUCACGAGUUUGCGAGUCUCUGCCUGUCCUUCCUGUCCAGCGAGCCGUCUGUUAAAGUGCAGAUAAUUAACGAAGAUGGCCUCGAACCUCUGAUCGGCCUCCUCUCCAGUGCUGACCCUGACGUCAAGAAGAACAGCUUGGAGACCAUCUACAACCUCGUGCAGGAUUUUUACAGCCGAGCGGUCAUCUGUGAGCUGAAUGGAAUUGCUCCUCUGCUUGAGCUGCUCAAGUCGGACUACCCGGUGAUCCAGCAGUUGACCCUCAAGACCCUGGCAACGAUAACCAGUGAUGCGGAGACCCGGAUGGCUUUGCGAGAGUUAGAGGGGCUCGACUACCUCAUAGAGAUGCUAGGAGCCAACGACCUUAGUGACCUGCACGUGGACGCCCUCCUGGUCAUAUCAAACUGCUUAGAAGAUGAGGACACCAUGCAGCUCAUUCAGCAGACGGGGGCCCUGGACAAGCUCAUGCAGUUUGCAAGAACAGCCACCCUCGUGGACGUCCAGAGGAAAGCCGUGAAUGCGAUCCUGAGAGCCGCACAAAACAGCAAAAAUAAGAAGAUUUUGCACGAUCACGGGGUCGAGAAGAUCUUGGUAGGACUUUUGGGUCCGGAUAACGCGGACAUUCGAGAAACUGCCUGCUUGGCCAUCACCGUCAUGUGUGAAAACGAAUCCAGCAAGGUGUCAUUUGGGAAGUGGGGUAAGGCAAAACAAAAUGGCGGCGUCCUACCUGGAAAAGAAAAUAGACUGGACUCUCCUGCUCGUUUGUGUCUUUCAGAUGUAAUCAAGCCACUGGUGCAGCUUCUUCAGAACGACUAUGGCGAGGUGAAGGAGGCGGCCGCACUCGCCCUAUCCAGUCUCACCACAGCCAACAUGAACAACUCCAUCGCUGUGUAUAAAGCCCGAGGCAUUGAGCCUCUCGUACAACUCCUGGCUAACGAGAGGGAAGGUGUCGUGGCCCACGUCGCUGCUGUCCUUACCAACAUGUCAUCCCAGAACAUCCUGCGCUCAAAUAUUCAAGCCAAAGGAGUCAUGACCGCCCUAGUGGGCCCACUCCAGUCGGCCAGCAGUCUUGUGCAGAGUAAGGCGGCCCUGGCUGUGUCUGCCUUUGCCUGUGACUCGGAGGCCAGAGAAGAGUUUAGGAUUGCGGGGGGCUUAGUGGCACUUGUGUGGUUGCUGAAUUCCAACAUCAAUGAGGUGCGACGCAAUGCCUGCUGGGCUGUCUUCGUCUGUGCCAGCGAUGAGCCCACUUGUCUAGAAAUGUUCCGACUUGGAGCUUUGGAAAUCCUCCAAGAAAUCAAUCUGUCCACCUGCCGAAAAAAUAAUUUUAGUGAGGCUGCCCUGCAGAAGCUCUUUGAAGGCAACCUUUCGAUCAAGUACAGCCUUUAUGGCGGCCUGUCAUCGAGUGACAUCAUCGUGGAUGGCUUCUACGACCCUGGACGGGUGAAACCGGGCAAGAAGGUGCUGCCACUUGAAGACCUGUUUAAAAUGGAGGUGAAUCAGCAGCGACCCAUCAUUCUGGUCAACGGCAGGACGGGUGACGAUGACUUGGUAGAAUCUGUUUCUGGUGAUGAGAAACUGGUGGAUGGCAGUGAAUGGACCACUGGAAGAAGCGUCAGCAAAGAUAAAAGCCCGAGUAAAACAAAGGGUAAAGGCAAGGAGGAUGAGGAUGAAGAUGACGACAGGAAGACAUGGCUCCCUCCUUUUGACGCCGACUUCUACAACUUGGUGAACGAAGUGACCAAACUCAUUUCACCUCUGGAGAACACCCGGGACCGAGUGGUGGAGCUGGCCAAAUUUGUUGCAGAAACCAUGGGUGGCGGCGUAGAAAGACGGAAGCUACACAAUUUGUACUGGGAACUCCACCUGAGUGAACUCAAGUAUGAACUGAAGUCCAAUGUCAUCCCCAUUGGCAAAAUUAAGAAAGGCUUCUUCUGUCACAGAGCGCUCCUAUUCAAGGUAACCCGCGAUAACCUCACAUACUUUUAUCACAUCUUCUGUCAGUCCAAUUGUGCUUCAUCUGCACCCAAAAAGGACAAAGAGGGCAUCAGGUGGUGGGCGGCCAUCCUGGUGGGCUUGUAG